CAUAUUAACCUGCCACUAAUUAAAAGGUGAUCCAUUCUGGUGUGUUUUGCGUAUAUUCAACUGAAAAAUUCUAAAUUCAUAGAAAAACAGCGCACUUUAUUCUCUGAAUUCGAUUGGAAUGGUUGUUCAUGAUGUUGCUGAAAAUGGUGGCAAUGAAGUGGCCCAAAAUAUUGACUCAAUCCGAGUUAUUCCAUAUCCGAAACGAGUGUUUUUGAUAAUUGGCAACAAAUUUUGUGAACGAUGGAGUUUCUGGGGACUGAACACCAUUUUAGUGCUUUAUUUGAAAAAUGAAUUGGGUUACACCGAGAAUGUGACAACGGCUUUAUAUCAUGGAUUCUUGACUACGGUCUAUUUUAUGUGUAUUUUUGGUGGCCUUUUGUCCGAUGUAUGGUGGGGUAAAUUCAAAACCAUACUCAAUUUGUCGAUUAUGUAUUUUGUGGGCUUCGUAAUUAUGUCGUUUAGUUCAGCAUCGAUUCUCAAUAUUUCACCGCAUGUUUUAUCAAUAGUUGGUUUAAUUGUUAUAGCGGUCUGUGCUGGUGGUGUUCAACCAUGUCUAUCGGCUUUCGGAGCCGAUCAAUUCAAAUCGCCAGAACAAGAACCGCAAAUUGUCAGAUACUUUUCUUUAUUCUACUUUGCCAUGAGUCUGGGAACUGUGCUAACGAUUAUAAUUUCGCCUUUGUUAAAAGAAAAUGUUCAGUGCUUCGGACAUGAUGAUUGUUUUCCGUUGUCUUUUGGAGUUUCAGCUAUUUCUAUGCUGAUUUCUAUUGUUAUUUUCGUUUCGGGAAAAUCGUCGUACACAUGCAAGAGAUCGUCAUCGGAAAAUACAGUAAUUGAUGUCUUCCUGUGCAUUUGGAAUGCAUUUUUGACGAAAUUCCGUGAUGGUCACGCCAAGCCGUGCAAAAAUCUAUUGGAUUAUUCAAUCGACAAAUACGGUCAUCAAUUGGUUGAAGACACCCGAAUACUGUUACGAAUAUUUGCACUUUAUGUGCCAUUGCCAUUCUUUUGGGCAUUGUACGAUCAGCAAACUUCCCGUUGGAUAUUGCAAGCCAGUAAAAUGAAUGGAGACAUUGGAUUUUUUGUGGUCCUUCCUGAUCAAGUACCACUAUUACCACCACUUUUACUUCUCGUCUUCAUUCCACUAUUCGAUACGGCUAUCUACCCGCUAUUAAGCAAAAUUGGCAUUCGACGGCCAUUACAGAGAAUGGUGUUAGGCGGUUUAGCGUCUGCAUUAGCAUUCUUAUGCUCAGCAUUAGUACAAUUUCAAAUUGAUCGAUCACCUGAGAAAACAGUGACUAUGUUAUGGCUUGUGCCACAAUAUGUGUCAUUAACAGUUGCCGAAGUGAUGCUAGCGAUAACAGGCUAUUCAUUUUCGUAUGAACAAGCACCAACAAACAUGAAAUCUGUUGUACAAGCAAUUUGGUUAUCAACUAGAGCAUUCGGUGACUUGAUUCUAAUUUUUAUUACCGGAGCCACCUUUUUUCAAUCACUUGCCUACGAGUUUUUAAUGUUGUCUGUUAUCAUGGCAGUUGAUAUGAUUGUUUUCACAGGUCUUGCUUAUAACUAUAAGUCUAAUUCAAAUCUAAAAUAAAUAAAUUUCGAAAAAAUCAUAACAAUUUGUUUAACUUAUUGAAAAACAUUGCGAAAUACACGUUUCAUCAAAUG